AUGGACUCUGCAGAGUAUGUGCUCUGUAGCUGGAAGGGCCAGAUGUGGCCUGCACGGGUGUUAUCCAGACCCAGGACCUCAUCCCACAGUAAGAGGAGAGGGGCAUCUUUCCUGGAGGUCCAGAUUCUGCCUGUGGGAGAGAAGACGAGAGUGAGGAGCACAGAGGUGAGGCCCCUAACCAGGUCUGAAAUUGUAACCAUCGCCUCCUUGGCAGGAAAGGAGUCACAGGGUAAUGGCUCGCCACGGCAGACCAGGGCAUACAGAAGAGCCCUCAAGGUGGCACUGGAUGUCCUGGGCGAGGGAACCUGCUUGCAUCAAAGAGGAAGGGCAGGUGGCCAAAGAAGAACCAGCACAGCGACUCUGAAGGUUCCAGAAGAGCAGGCCAACUCCAGCUCACACCAGCGCCUGCACCUCCAAGAGCACAACCAGAAAGGCCAAGGGCUCUCCCACCGGAGUCCUGGGAAGCGGGGCCGCCUGGGACCUGUGUUGAUGGGCUCACAGAAUGAGCCUGCAGUGCAAGGGGGGAAAGCCCAGGCACACACUGCUGUUGGGCCCCCUCACUUUGAAAUGCAAGGGAACUUGUUAAGAGGCACUAGAUUGUGGCCAAGUUCCUACAAGCCACCAGCAGGAAAUGCUGGUGAUAAUCCCAACAAGAGAAAGCUGAGCACAUCCAAGCUCAGGUCUUUGAGCACCCCAGCCUCCAGGGAGGGUGCCCGGGCUAAAAACGAGCAGCAGGCUGCCUCCGGGCCACCGAGACAUGCCUCUACCUCGCCCAAAGCUCUCCAGCAGCAAGUACGGUGUGGAGGCCUGGAGAUCAGGGCUAUUGGAGCCCAAAGGAAGACCACCCUCCCAGAGAACAAGCAGGACCCCGGCCCUAGAACCCCAAAGCCAGACUCAAAGGGGGCAUCGGCAGCCUGCACGCCUCCAAUCCCGAGGCUGCGAAGAUCAGUCCGCAUUGCUAGCAGGAAAAGGAAGGUCCAUGUGCUGUGUGCACAGUGCAUGCUGCCAGAUCUGGAAAUUCCAGUGCACUCAAAGGUGACUAGCACCAGGGGCAAGAGGAGAGUGGCUGGAGUUGAAGAAGUCUGCCAAGCCACCAACGUGGCUUCUGCCCAGGGGCCAAAUACCAUCGAACGAGGGAUGCUGGUCUGGUUCAAAUUCCAGGACCUUCCUUUCUGGCCAGCCGUGGUCAAGAGUGUCAACAAAAACGACAAGAUGGCGAGGGUGCUGCUGAUCGAGGGCAACAUGCAGUUUGAGCACAAGGGUGUCCGAGUCCCUCUCCGAAAGCUGAAGCACCUGGACUGUGGGGAGAAAUCAGUGCUCCUGAGGAGAGCCAGCAGAGUGUAUGGUCAGGCCAUCAACUGGUGCCUGUCAGUGAUCAACCACUACAGAGAGGUCCUCGCCUGUGGCUCCUUCCUGGGCUCCUUUAUGGAUUACUACACCGCGCAAGCCAGUUACCCGCUAAGGAGAGCCAUCCAAGAGGGGGACCUGCACAUUGAUUUCCCCAAGGUGAGCUAUGCAGACUUGGAAGAUUGGGAGGAGGAGACCGCCCUGGGUGGGAAGGGGCCCCGUAAGAAACUCCUGCCUGACCGCAUGAGGGCCGCUUGGGACAGAGCCAACCAGAAGCUCGUAGACUUCAUCGUGAAGAGAAAGGGGGCAGACCAGCACCUGCUGGACAUCGUAAAGGGCAGGAAACCGUCCAGGUGGCUGGACAACCUUUGGAAGUCAAAGAGGGAAGUCUUCUGCAUUGAGACCUACCUGGAGGACGAGGACCAGUUGCAUCUCGUGGCCAGACAUUUGCAAGAAAUAUCCAACGAAGCAGAUGAGGCCCUGCUCUCCCUGGCAAGGGGAGACAAAGUCCGAUUUACCAUGGAGGUUCUUCUUCCAGAAGCUAUCAUCUGCUCCAUCGCUGCCCUGGAUGAGCUUAGCUACAAGGAGGCAGAAGAGAAGUACCUGCGUGGCCCACCUGUGCACCAUCGUGAGAAAGAGCUCUUUGAUAAGACCAUCCUAAAGGCGGCCCGGAAGAGGUCAGCAGCCAGGAUUUGGGCCGCCAAGGACCCCUCUGCACCCAUUCCUUAGAAGGGAGCUUCCUUCUUUCAGCCAUCACCCCUGCAGCUCCGCCUCCAAAAGAGGACCACCUGGGAGACUGCGGGGCUUGAA